AAGCUAUGACGCACCUAGUCCGAAAAUGCAAGUAUGUUUACGGUGUUUAAACCAGCAAAAAGUGUUUGAAUUCUCAAUAAUAACUCGUAAAAAUUAUUAAAAUAAAUCUCUAUAAAGGUUUAAAAUGGAUUUUAAUCCAAAAAUUGUCGUUUUCAUCUCAAUUCUUUUAAUAGUUUUAAUUAAACAAGGUUACGGAAUUAAAUGUUGGGAAUGUAGAAGCGAUGCUGACCCAAAAUGUUCGGAUCCUUUCGACAAUCGUACUUUUGCAAUUACUGAUUGCAGUAAAACGCCCAGCUUAGAUCAUCUACCCGAUAUCGAGUCGAGGAUGUGCAGAAAAAUACGACAAAAAAUUCACGGCGUUUGGAGAUACAUACGAAGUUGUGCUUAUUUGGGAGAACCCGGGAUUCGAGGUGACGAACGUUUUUGCCUUAUGAGAACGGGAACUUACAACAUUUUUAUGGAAUAUUGUACCUGUAACAGUAAAGAUGGAUGCAACGGAACGGAUUCGCUUAAAAUAUCUAGGUUAGGGUUUGGAGUAUCCAUGUUUUUGUUGAUUUUGUUGUUACGGAAUGUUUAAAGAAAACGAUAUUAUUAAAAUUAACUUUGUUGUAUAUAUCACAAUAUGGAAAAUUGAUCAAAGAAGCAAAAAGAAACAUUAAUUUCUAGAUUUAAUGAUGUUUUACUGGAAUCUCAUGUAUCCGUCCAUUUCUUUUUAUAAUAAAUCGUAUAUAUAUAGAA